ACCAUCAAUAUUCGUCCUCUUUCCUCUUCGAAAUGUCUAAGUUCUAUGAUAGCCUUAUAGAUGAGUUCCAGUCAUGGUGGUGGGCUGGUUUCGCGGUGGUUCUGGCCUUGUAUUAUGCAUUGCUGAUGACCAAGAAAUCAACAAGAAAGCUGCCGUUGCCACCAGGUCCGCCAGGCCUGCCUCUAUUAGGAAACCUUCCCUUUCUUCAACCUGAUUUAAAUCACUACCUUACUAAAUUGUCUAACACUUAUGGUCCCAUCAUGAGGCUCCAACUGGGCAGAAAGAUUUGUAUUGCCAUAAGCUCCCCUUCGCUCGCCAAAAUAAUCCUAAAAGACGAUGAUGCAAUCUUUGCUAACCAUGAGGUUUUAGCAGCUUCGAAGAUUCUAUUUUAUGGUGGGAUUGAUAUUAUUUUCAGCCCUAAUGGCCCGCAAUGGAGGAAGAUGCGAAAGAUUUUUGCUCAUCAAAUGAUGAGCAAUGCGAGCCUUGAUGCCUGCUAUGCACUUCGCCAACAGGGAGUACGAGAAAUGGUGAAGGAUGUGCAUAGCAAGGCCGGUUCCCCCAUUGAUAUCAGCGAGCAAAUGUUUAUUAUGGUGCUGAAAUUAACGAUGAGCAUGGUAUGGGGUGCUCCGUUGCUUGGGGAGGAAAGGAACAGCAUAGGGCCCGAGUUUAGACGGUUAGUAAAGGAGGUUGUCGAAUUGAUCUCAACGCCCAAUAUAUCUGAUUUUUUCCCAGUCUUGGCUCCAUUUGAUCUUCAAGGAAUCGAGUCAAAAAUGAAGAAGAUUUUUCUUUGGUUGGAUCAGAUGUUUGAAUCAUCAUGGUGGUGGGCUGGUUUUGCGGUGUUUCUGGCCUGCUAUUAUGCAUGGCUGAUCACCAAGAAAUCAGUAAGAACGCCUCCGUUGCCACCAGGUCCGCCAGGCCUGCCUCUGUUAGGAAACCUUCCCUUUCUUCAACCUGAUUUAAAUCACUACCUUACUAAAUUGUCUCAAACUUAUGGUCCCAUCAUGAGGCUCCAACUGGGCAGAAAGAUCUGUAUUGUUGUAAGCUCCCCUUCGCUCGCCAAAAUAAUCCUAAAAGACAACGAUGAAAUCUUUGCUAACCACGAAGUUUUUGCAGCGGCGAGAACCCUAGUUUAUGGUGGGAUUGACAUUACUUUCAGCCCUAAUGGUCCGCAAUGGAAGAAGAUGCGAAGGAUUUUUGUUCAUCAACUGAUGAGCAAUGCGAGCCUUGAUGCCUGCUAUGCACUUCGCCGACAGGAAGUACGAGAAAUGGUGAAGGAUGUGCAUAGCAAGGCCGGUUCCCCCAUUGAUAUCAGCGAGCAAAUGUUUAUUACGACCCUGAACGUAACAAUGAAUAUGGUAUGGGGUGGUCAGUUGCAUUUGGAGGAAAGGAACAGCAUAGGGCCCCAGUUUAGACGGUUAGUAAUGGGGGUUUUUGAAUUGCUGUCAAGAGCCAAUAUCUCUGAUCUUUUCCCUGUCCUGGCUCCAUUCGAUCUUCAAGGAAUCGAGUUGAAAAUGAAGAAGUUGUUUCUGUGGUUUGAUCAGAUGUUUGAAUCAGUCAUAGCAGGCCGAAUGAAGGAAAACGAUAAGGUUAAAAACAAGGAUUUGCUGCAGUUCUUGUUAGGAUUGAAGCAUCAAGGCGACGAAGGGAGUACUCCAUGUUUAUGCAUAGAUGAAAUUAAAGCAUUGUUUAUGGACACUUUAUUUGCCGCUUUGGAAACUUCAUCGACCAUGGUGGAGUGGGCCAUGACAGAAUUGCUACGACAUCCAGCAAAAAUGAGAAGAGCAAGGGAAGAAAUUGAGGAAGUGGUCCAAAACCAGAACAUUGUGGAGGAAUCCCAUUUGCCCAAACUGCUAUAUUUGGAUGCAGUCAUAAAAGAGGCACUUCGACUUUAUCCAGUGGCUCCCUUCCUAGUGCCCCGCAACCCCAGCAAGGAUUGCUGUGUGGCCGGAUACACGAUCCCUCAGGGCUCCAGAAUCAUGAUUAAUUUAUGGACAAUUCAAAGGGACCCCGAGGUUUGGGGAAAUCCUUCAGAAUUUGAACCAGAGAGAUUCUUAAAAGAGCCAGAAAGAGGCAAUUUCCAUGGAAACUUUUUCAGUUUUCUUCCUUUUGAGUCUGGGAGAAGAAUCUGUGCGGGACUUCCUCUAGCUGAGAGAAUGAUAAAGUAUGUGUUGGCCACUCUGUUGCACUCUUUUGAAUGGGAAAUACCGGCUGAGGAGAAGCUUGAUGUAUCUGAGAAAGUUGGACUUGUUAUGAAGAAAAAGAACCCUCUUGUUAUCAUACCUAUUCCAAGAUUAGCUACUUUGGAGCAGUACUACUGAGUCUGGGUCCCUGAUGGCAUUUACUUGCUGUCACAAAACUCAUUGCAAAAAAAAGAGAAAUCAGCUAUAGUAAUAUUAUUAUCAUCGGUGUUUGUGUGCACGUAGAUGUACUUGUGAUUGCGAGUGUGUGUGAUUAAGGACAUGAUUACCUUGAUUAU